AUGAAGUAUGAAACGGAGGAGACUAGUGUUCAGGGGAUAGCAACUGCUGCACAGGAAGAGGAUGACCCUCCAGAGCUGGUGGCGGCUGCAGAAAAACUUGCGCAGCUCCAUCUUGACAAGGACACUGAGGACGAUGAGCAGGAGCCAGAAGAAUGGAACCCUGUGCGCAUGGGAGGCGAUGACUCAUCAGAUGAGGAGAGCUUGGAAGAGGUCAUGGCACCUCUGAGGGUGAGGUCUGCAGCUCAGGACAAUAUUGCCGUGGCGCCCAUUCGGAAGCCAAAGAUGGUUUUAUCUGACCAUCGGGAGGAGGGCGCGGGCUCUGAGGCUUCUGCCAGGGCCCAAGCUGUGGUGGUGACUGAUCCCACACUGGCACACGAGCUGCUUCGCUGCAAACUGCUCGACAAAUUCAGAUUUCAGUACUCCUUCCUAGACCCGUUCCUGUCAGGGACGAAUCUUCUGACUGGGCACACCGACGAGCACUGGCGAGCAGUCAGGAAAGGCAUUGCACCGGCGUUCAGCACUGCAAAUGUGAGGGAUGCUUCUGGGCACAUCAUCGAGCGAAGCCUCAAGCUUGUGGACAUUCUUAAUCAGACACAAUCUGAUGCUGCAGUCAAUGUUGACGACCUCCUGCUGCGACUCAGCAUGGACGUCAUUGGGCGGACGGGGUUCCAGAUAGAGAUGGGAGCGUUGGAGGGCUGGCUUGCCGGAUCGGGGGAAGACUCCGGCAGCUACAUCGCGGUGAUGCUGCGGUGCACUGAGGAGGUGGUGAGGCGCAUAGAGACGCCCGUGGACCACAUGCUGGGCGCGCUCCGGAGCCGCAUGCGCCAAGGCAACGCCCUCUUCCGCACAUGGAAGGAGCUGGUCAUGGGCCUGCUGGAGCAUGUGAAGUCAAGGGAGGCCACGCCAGGCUCGUUUGCAGACCUGCUGCGCCUGGUCAGAGACCCCAAAACUGGCGCUCCCCUGACGGCUGCGCAGAUGCUGCCGGAAGUUGCAGCGCUCUUCUUCGCGGGCAUCGACACCACCGGCCACACCGGCGCAUGGACCCUGUAUGCGCUGUCGCAGCACCCAGAGGUGGAGGCUAGGGUGGUGCAGCAACUUGAUGCACUGGGGCUGCUGGUCACGCCAGACAGACACCACCCCAGAAAGCCCGAGUACGCCGACAUCGCGCGACUGACCUACCUCAAAUGUGUCAUCAAGGAGGUUCUGCGCAUGUAUCCGCCGGUGGGCAUCGGCCAGAUCCGGGUGAGCCACAGCCACGACCUCGUGCUGUGCGGCGGCGCACUCACAAUUCCCCGGGGAACGCUGCUGUGGAUGCCCCACCACGCCAUGCACAACACCAGCGCCAACUGGGACCAGCCCCACAGCUUCCUGCCAGAGCGAUGGAUGGAGCCCGAGGCGGAGUAUGCACAGAAGGAGUGCGGGCUGCCCAUGCAGCUGCGGAAAGGGCUGACCAGCAAGCAGGGCAGCAACCUGUGCAAUGGAGAGCGGCCCAAGAGGUACAUGCCAUUCGCGGAGGGCCCGAGGUCUUGCGUGGGCAAGAACCUGGCAAAUUCAACGCUGCCCCUCACUCUCGCCACCCUCCUCUCCCACUUCUCCUUCAAGCUGGCAGAUCAGAUGGGUGGAGCAGAGGGAGUUCGCAGGGCUGAGCAGUACACUCUGGUGACAGGCAUUGCUGGCGGCAUGUACAUGCAUGCACUCCCCAGGCUGGCUCAAUGA